ACAGCCUCGGCGGCUUGGCGCUACCGCCUUGCAUACGCCUCCCCUCGUUUCACCUCCUCCCUCCCCCAAUCUCUUCUCCUCCCUCGCACCCAACGCCUGCGCUCGCCCGUGCUCCCCUCCCGCGGCCAGAAUUGCGUGCGCAGGCCAGAUGAGCUCCACGGCCGCCACGGGGAACGUCCUCCCGGCGCUGCCGCCGAUCAGGACCGCGGCGUCGCAGGCGCCGGAGCCCGCGUGCUCCUCGGCGGCCUCGUCGUCGAUGGCGCCGGCGGCGGACGCGGAGUCGGUGACCUUGCCCGCGCCGGGGCAGGGGAAGGCAGAGGAGGAGGCGGAGGCGGGAGGCCAGGAUCAGGUGGGGGAGCCGACGACGCCGACGUCGGAGGGAAGCAGGCUGCGGGCGCCGGCCGAGUGCCCGCCGGCGCCGCGGAAGCCCGCGUGGGCGCCCCCGGCGACGCCGCCCGCCGCCAAGCGCAAGUUCCCGUCGUCCGCGGCGCCGUCGGCGCGGCGGGCCUUCUUCCCCGUCGCGCGCGACCUCACCACCGUGUUCCGGGCCCUGCCACCCAAGAAGCGGAUCCGGGCGGGCUGACGGCCGAGCGGCCUUCCGGGGGCCGACCGGCGAUCCGCGCCGCCGAAGCUCAAUUGGCAGCCGAUUACGGGCUCCAUGGUACCAUGGUCGUCGUCGAUUCGUCCGUGGGUCCGUGGAGUUCUUGCAAGCCGUGACUUUCUCCUCGCCCUCUUCUUCUCCUUCCUCUCUUGGUUUGCACGGCCAUGGCAUGGUACAGAGCUCUCGUACAAAUAAUGCUUUGGUUUAUUUUUUUUAUUUUUUCCUCUGUUUUUUUAGGGGGGUUGUGUGGAGUAGAAAUUGUAGAAUUGGGAUAUUUAUAGCUGAUGAUCUGAUGAAUGGGGAAGUGAAAAGUUUGUAAGAGAAUUCCCAGAGAUCUGUUCAUUAUUUAUUAAACUAUAGCUCACAGCUUAUCAAAAUUACAAA